AUGCCGUACUCGUGUUUUGGAGUCGCCCUCUAUUACAACGUCAUACUAGCGUACGCGCUGCUGUACGCCUACUACUCCUGCUUCGAGGUGUUGCCCUGGUCCUUCUGUGACCCAGCCUGGGCAGACCAGAACUGCUACGUCCGAGGCGCCAACGCGCUCGUGCCGUGUCACCGAGUGGACCAGGAUCUCUUCGAGACGUUCGAGCACGCCAACUCGACCGCCAAGGACGCCAUCCCCGUCAGGCACGACGGCAAAGUGGUCAUGGUGGACAGCCUAACCUACACGAUGGCGUUCGCGAACUGCACCAACGCUUCGGAGCCAGCGACACAGCAGUUCUUCUGGAAAUACGUUGUGAACCUGAGCGAUGGCAUUGAAAACUUGGGUGCCGUACAACCCAAGUUGUUAAUCUGCUUGCUGAUCGCCUGGAUCUGCGUCUUCCUGUGCAUCUUCAAGGGCAUCAAGUCGUCCGGCAAGGUGGUGCUGGUGUCGGCCACUGUGCCUUUCCUCAUCCUGGGCGCGUUUCUCGUAAGGGGUGUGACGCUGCCCGGUGCCUCGAUGGGGCUGCAGUUCUACUUCAUUCCCGACUGGUCCAAGAUGUUACGUUUCGAGGUGUGGCAGAAGGCAGCGCAGCAAGUGUUCUACUCGCUCAGCGUGAGUCAGGGCGUCAUCAUCUGCAUGGGCAGCUACAACGACUUCAGGAACUCACUCUACAAUGACGUUUACGUCAUCGCCGUGGCCGAUCUGGUGGUCAGCUUCUUGGCUGGCGUAGUGGUUUUCUCGGUGCUGGGAAACAUGGCCUACGUGCUGGGAGAGGAGGUCGCCAACGUCGCUUCGGGAGGCUUCGCGCUGGCCUUCAUCACGUACCCAGAGGCCGUGACCCUGAUCACGUUCCCGCACCUCUGGGCCUUCGCCUUCUUCAGCAUGCUCUUCUUCCUCGCCAUCGACUCUGAGUUCGGCUUGGUGGAGGGCUUCCUGACACCGCUCAAGGACGCCUACCCUGUCCUGCAGCGAAACGUGACGGCGCUGGCUUUCUUCGUCUGCGCCCUGGGCUUUGUCUUGGGAAUCCCCAUGACGACAAGAGGAGGCAUGUACAUCCUGAACCUCCUGGACACGUACAUGGGAGGCCAGCUGCUUAUUAUCAUCGCAGUGUGCGAGUCUAUUGCAGUGUCCCUCUCCUACGGCGUCAACCGUCUGUCACUUGACGUCGAGUUCAUGCUCAACAACGUGCCGGGAUCACUGGUCAGGUUCUGCUGGCAGUUUAUUUGUCCCAUUGUCCUAACCGUCAUCCUGUCCACACAGCUGUUCACGUACGAACCACUCAAGUUCGGCGACUACGUGUACCCGCGCUGGGCUCAGGUGUUCGCCGUCUCGCUUGUGCUCGUGCCCGUUCUCAUCGGCGUCAUCAUGUCUAUCUACCACCUGAUCAGCUGCAAACUGGACUUGACCAGGGCGCUUCAGCCGAGGCCCUCGUGGGGUCCCAAGGACCCCGACACCCGUCGCGCCUACGAGGAGUUCCUUGCAGGGCACGGCAUCUCGACCGGUCAACCGGCGCAGACGGCUAAAGUGGCGACUGCGCAGCCGCCGUCCGAGCCGGCGAAUGUGCUCGUGCCACCCGUACAUGUGGUCGCUCCUCCGCCGGUCGCGGGAAUGCCUCCCGGCAUGCUCGGGCCACGACCACCGCCAGGAGAUCCCGCUUACGGCCAACCUGGCGCCCAGUGGCCAGGCGCCUAG